AUGAUGUUAUGCGAGCUGGUCAUUGGAAACCGUGAAGAAAUUGACAAGUAUCAUUCCGAUUUAUUGGCAACUCUAGGAUCAUGCAGGGGCAGCAUUCCUUGGCUGGCAGCUUUGGCAGGUUUAGCUUUAUUUGUCAGCGGCUGCAAUGGAGGUGAGUCAUCUGAAAUCGAGCUAUUUUUCAACUUCAUUCGUGCUCUUGAUCCCAAAACUGUAUUGAGAAUUGAGUGGAGUCGGUCACUACGACAUCCAUGUUCAAAUCAGUGGAAUGUAGUAGUUAGAUGCAAGAUGGUUAGUCUAUUUGGCCGCCCUGUAACAGAAAUCAGACUUCAAAACCUGAACCUUAGUGGGAUUCUGGAUGCAGAGACACUAUGCAAACUACCAAAUUUGUGUGUGCUUAUCUUAGCCAAGAAUCGAAUCCGAGGGACCGUCCCCGAUUCCAUAGCAAAUUGCAAAAGCCUGAUGCACUUGGACUUGAGCAACAAUUUGUUGACAGGAAGCCUACCUGCAGUAGCUCUUAGUAAGCUGAAAAAUCUUAAAAGAUUUGAUAUUUCUAACAAUCAUAAUGGUAGUACGGAUCCUCAAUUGAAUCGUGAAGCCAGACGUGUGAGGAAAUAUUGGCUUGUUUCAGAAAUAUCACAAGCCAAUGCUAUUAGCAAAGGCGAAAAUUCAAAUAAAAGAUAUGCAUUCUCUCCAGCUCCGGAAGAUGUAUCACAUGGCAAGCAAAGUUCAAAGAAUGACGAUAAUCCGCGUAAACAUUGGCAAUCGUGGAUGGUCGUUAUAGCUAUGGGAGUCACAUUUGUUCUGCUGCUCAUUUUUUUCACGAAGCUGAAAGCUGUCCAAGCAGCUAAAGACACAGAGAUUACAAGGGAACUCGAACUCUCUCUUUCCCCCCCGAAAAGUCCUCAUGUCGAGAUUGUGGUAGAAGAAAAGGCGGAAGAACGACAUUCAGAGCUCGUGUUCUUCAUAGAAAAGCAUGAAAGGUUUGGUUUGGAAGAGCUUCUUGAAGCUUCAGCUGACCUGCGAAGGCCGGGGCAUUGUAGCAGUCUUUACAGGGUAAGACUGAAGAAUAAUGCCACUUUUGCCGUCAAAAGAUUGAAAAAGUUGCAGGUGUCCUUUGAGGAGUUUGGCCAAACAAUGAGAAGGAUUGGGAAUUUGAAGCAUCAAAACAUCCUAUCUCUUGUUGGUUACAAUUCCUCUAAAGAGAAAAAAUUCUUAAUCUACAGAUUUCAAAAUAAUGGAAGUCUACUAACUCUGUUCAACGAUUAUAUCGAGGGCAAAAGGAAUUUGCCAUGGAAACUUCGAUUAUCAAUAGCAAUUGGGAUAGCGAGGGGAUUGAACUUCAUAUAUCAGUGGCCUGAAGACGGGGAGAUCAUCCCCAUGGCAACAUUAAGCCUUCAAACAUCAUUUUCCAACAAAGCACGUUUCUUCAACUCCUCCAGUUACGCAGCACCUGAAAAACGACUGACUGAGCAGGCAGAUGUUUACAGCUUUGGAGUGAUCCUUCUUGAGCUAUUAACAGGGAAGUUUGCAGAAAUGCAGAAGAAUGGGUUGGACCUUCCGAAGUGGGUGAAGGCCAAGGUGCGCGAGGAAUGGACCGGAGAGGUCUUUGACAAGGAGAUUGAAAAGUUUGAGAUGUAUGGUUUUUCACUGUUAAACAUCUCUCUCAUGUGUGUGUCAGAAUUGCCUGGAGACCGACCUUCCAUCUCUGAAGUACUGCAGAAAAUACAGGAAGUCGUAACUGCUCAAGAAGAUAUUUCUUCCUCCUCCACAAAUUCUGUUGAAUCAAUCUAG